UUCACUUCUCAAAGUGUCAUCUGUCUGCCAGACUCAACUGGCGCCAAUUCCAAAUUACAGUCCCAUCCAAAUCUAAAAUGGAGAAAACUGAUCAUUACCGUAGGCGAAAGAUGUGUCUACAGCAAUCACUUGCGCCCACAAUUAGCCAGGUGAAAAAUGAAUUGGGAAACGAUUUGGCAGAAAUGAUCUUUUCAACUUGCCCCAAAUCUGUACAACCGGUAUUAGGUCUUGCGCCCCCCUUGAAAGGUCCGGGUGAUGACUUAUGGACAUCUCCCAGUGAUAUACUGUUGGGGAAGGUGUGUUUAAAACCGCCUCUCACUGGAAAAUGUAUGAAGGCUUUAACUCACCAGGGGAUUUUAGUAAUUGGUCAAGAUAUCGAGAUGAAGUUUUGGAACGAGGCCGAAUUGGAUAAGAAGAAAGAGCUGAGAGAGCAAGAAGAGAUUUUAAAGUUUAUGGCUGAGUUACAACAGAAGAAGGCAGUUGACAAGGCGUUGGAAUUGCAGGAGGAACGGCUGAAGUUUGAAAAAGAUCAGUUAACCAUUCAAUUUUCUCGUCAUUUAGAGCGAGAAUUAGAUCGUUUGCAGAGGACUCUGAAGACAGAACACGAGCAUACGCUUAGGAUUCGGCAGCGAGACCUAAACGAAGAGUGGCAAGAUAAAAUGGAGCGAGCAGUUGCGGAUUCGGUCAAAGAGUUAACUGCAAACUUUUUAAAGGAACUGGAGUUAGAAGGAAACUUAUUGUAUAGAAAGUUCCAAUUAGAAAUAAAAAAGGAAAAGCUCAAGCACCAGUUUGAAUUACACGAUGUACGAAAAGGGUGCCAAGAGUCGUUCGCCCAAUUAAAACACCAGCUGGAGUGCAAAAACAUUGCCAAUAUCAUGUACAUCUUAUGUGCUGAACGGCAAAAGUGCCAAACUGAGCGUAUGGCCAUAGAAGAUAAGUACCAAACGGAAAUAGGAUAUUUACAAAGCGUAAUUACAAACCAAGACGAAGCGUAUACUGAAUUGAUGAAGGAUAGAGAAAAAAAAGCUGACCAACUGACACAACGAGAAGAGUGUUUAAAGGAAAUUCUGCGCCAGUUUCAGAAAUUCAUCAAUUUUGCCUUGCGUUCUCCUCCAACGCAGGCCGAAUUUUUACUAGAUGUUGAAAAGUUGUCGCUAUUUGCGUUAGAAGGUAAUGUGACAGACAAAGAUGGCUAUAAAGAGUCCGACACUUGGAAAUCGGAUGGUGAACGAAGCGAAAAUUCACCAUCCACAGAAGUAAACGGGGAAUUUACGAGCGAAGCUUGUGAAACAAAUGGAAGUGUGAUACCUCACGAAGAGAAACCCAAACCCGUAGAAUCUUUGCCUACAUUGCAUUACAAUAAACACACAUACAUUAGAGAAGGAUUUGAAGACGUGGCGGCUUGUGAAAUUCAAAAUGGUGAAUGUACAGAAAAUGAAAAGGACGAUGCUGGGCAUGAUACACAACAAUCGCAAGAACAAGAGUCGAUAGCUAGCAUCCAAGAUGAAGUUACAAACUCAACUACAAUGAAAAAAAUACCGAAAAAAUCCAGUAUCCUGUUUAGCGAGCAUAAAGCACACGAAAGUGAAGACCUCAUUUGUCCCGUAUAUGACGAGCUACCUACAGAUAUAUUGGAGGAUGCCACAUUACAAUUAGAGGAACUUUCAAAGGUUACCGUUUAUAAGCAACAAAGUAUGUUUGAAGACGUGCAGAAAACGUGCUGCUCGCGUUGUACCCAAACAUACAUUGAAACUAAUAGAACUGCACUCGCAGAAAAAGUGCAAAAAAGAAUCAGUGAAGCUUUAAGUAGUACCCUGCAAAUACCUUACCGUGAGUCUCUCAUCAAAUAUCGUACGAGUAUUGAAAAGGAUGAGGACGAAAGGAUUGAGAUCUCUAGAUUAAGUUUGGCUCGAGAUUCUUAUUUAAUUAAUAAACAUUCAAUUGCGGUAAAACGAUUAAGUACUCCAAAUAGUGAAUGCAGUCUGCCCCGUGAUGAUGAGACAUCACAAGUUCAAGAAACCAAGCACGCUGAUAAAUCAAAAAUGAGUCCAAAGGUAUCAAAGCUGUCAGUUAGCAAAAAUUCCUUGGAAUUAUUAAGAUCUCAAUCCAUGCUUUCGAGGAGUAAACCAUCAGAGUCCAAUGAAAGCUUUGAAAUUGAAAUCGAAUCCGACCACGAUUUCAGCUUAAAUGAGUCUAAAGCUGUUAAAGUGUCGCACUUUGAAGUGUUGACGCUAUACGACAAACCCAAAAAGCAAGAUGGCAACACGGUAAAAAAUUUAACUGCCACUGACUCGCCUUGGUUGACAUAUGGAUACAAAACAAAAGAUGAACCCCAAGAACAAAGAACCGAAUCAACCAAUAAAAUCAUAGGUGAUAGAGAUUUGGAGGUACACACUCAAGCACCAGAAGAUUUCAUACAGCAUCGAGCAAAAUCGAUGCUUACCAUCUUUAAAAAACAUCCGAGUUUAAUCAGAUUAUUUACUGCAUGUACUAACUGAACUACUUUUUAUAAAAAUU